GAUAACAAUCAUAACAGUCAGUCGUUAGCAGUCUGUGUAAAAAAUGUUGACUAGUUGUUUGGCCACACUAUUUAUUACUUUACUGUCCAUUUUUGCCUAUUUUUACAAGCGUUUUUAUUUUUCUUACUGGGAGCGAAAAAAAAUACCAAACCUCCAACAACAUGUUCCCAGGACAAAGCCCCAUCUCGGGAUCCAACUCCAACAAUUAUACAAGAUAAUGAAAGAAAAAAAGUGGAAACAUGGCGGUUUUUAUCAACAAUUAUCACCAGUUUACGUAAUUUGCGACCUGAAUUACGUCAAAAACAUCAUGACUCGCGACUUUAACUAUUUCCCUUACAGAGGGCUCUACUACAACGAGACCAGUGACCCUCUAAGUGCCCAUAUUUUCAACACAAGUGGCGCCAAAUGGAAACGCAUGAGACGAAAGCUUGACCAAAUCUUUACCUCGAGUAAACUCAAAACAAUUUUCCCACUUUUGCCCAACUGUGGUGAAAAACUGGCCGGAAAAUGCGAGCCAGUUGAUAUCAAAAAAGUCCUAGACGAUUUUAUUAGCGAUGUAAUCGAGUUGUGUGUUUUUGGGUCCGAAUGCAAGGUUUUUAAACAGCUUGGGCGGAAAAUUCUCAACAGGUCUCGCUUGAGGCGACUUAAAGGCAUCAUAAUUAACAAUUUUCCCAAACUGGCCAAGAUUUUGGACAUUGUUUUGAUACCACGUGACGCGUCGACAUUUUUCAAAAAAGUCGUCGCAGAAAUUGUCGAAGAAAGGAAAAAAGGUCAGACAGGACGGAACGAUUUUUUACAAGUUUUGGUCGAAAUGGAGAAAAAAUUUGAAAUCACAAUUGAUGAAAUAGCCGCUCAGUGCUUCAUUUUUUUGAUUGCUGGAAUGUCAACAUCGCCAACUGCGAUGACUUUUGCCCUCUAUGAGCUUGCAAGACACCAGGAUAUCCAGGAGAAGGUUCGGCAAGACAUUGCAAAGUUUGGUAAAGUGACUUAUGAUUCGCUCCAGGAAAUGAAAUAUUUAGGCCAAGUUUUUGACGAAACACUGAGGAUGUAUCCACCAGCCGCUUAUCUAAACCGAAAAUGUGAACGUAACUACGAAAUCCCUGACGGGAGUGGGAUUAUCGUCGAAAAGGGAACAAUUGUCGCAAUCCCGGUAUUAGGGAUUCACUACGAUCGGGAUUAUUAUCCUGAUCCUGAAAAAUUCGAUCCGGAACAUUUCAGUGAGGAGAAUAAGAGACUGAGACCGAAUUUUGCGUUUCUUCCGUUUGGGGAAGGACCCAGAAUUUGCAUUGUGAAAAGUGAUUUUCCAGGAAUGCGUUUCGGGCUAAUGCAGUCAAAACUAGGUCUUGUGUCUUUGUUGAAACGUUACAAGUUCACAGUUAGCGAAAAGACUAGAGAGCCGUUAAAAAUGAAACCAAAUUCUUUGGUGCUGUCAGCUGAAGGCGAGAUUUGGUUGGACGUUACCGAAAUAAAAAUUUAAUACUUAUAA